GUGUGGCCUGGCGGUUAAGAAAGAGGAGACUUUGUUCCAGGAAAUAUAAUCCAGUAAACCCAUUGGUUAGGAAAUGGGAGAGGAAGAGGGACAGUGAGACACAGGUGUGGUGCUUGUCUUGCGUAAGUCAAACUCCGUACAAGGAACCAAGCGGUCAUCCUUACAGAAACAGUUUCCAGUGGUUGGUGAAGUAAAUGUAUCAAAGUAUGGAGAGUCAGAUGGCUGAGCAGUUAGGGAGUCGGGCUAUUAAUCAGCAGAUUGUUGUUUCUAUUCCCGGCCGUGCCAAAUGACGUGUCCUUGGGCAAGGCACUUCACCCUACUUGCCAUGGGGAGAAUGUCCCUGUAACUUACUGACAAUCCGUGCAACUUUCUGGGAAACAGAUUGAAAACACAACAAUGUCACACACACCACCAAACAGAACCUUUUUUGCAAUGAGCAUUGUUGUUUUCGGUCUUCUGUGUUCAAUAGUAGCAUUUUUCAUUUACUUUGAGCCUGGACAUUCUGAAUGUGCAUCCAGACAGCUUGACUUGCAACAGGACGAAGGUGUCUGGCACCCUGAGGAGGAAGUCAAACCUCUUGUGCUUCUGUGGUUCUGGCCCCUUGGAAUAACGUUUGACUUUAGGGACUGUAAGAAAUACUUUAACAUUGAUAGCUGUGAGUUGACGGCCGACAGAUCCCUGUACAGCAGAGCAGAUGGGGUUAUUGUGUUUCACAAACAUAUUAGUUGGGACUUGAAAAACCUUCCCCCAUCUCCACGUCCCCCUUUUCAGAAAUGGAUCUGGUUUCACGUUGAAUCACCAACAAAUACACAAAGGAUUCCAGGCUUGGAAAACCUGUUCAACCUGACAUUGAGCUACAGACGAGAUGCUGACAUCACUGUGAGAAAUGAGUUACUGCCUGUAAAAUCAGAGUCACAAAAGGAUUUUAAGCUGCCUGAGAAAAAUAAACUGGUUUGCUGGAUCGUGACUAACAAUAAUCCAAGUACCGGAACAGGUACAAGAGCAAGCUUUUACCAGGAGCUUGUUAAACAUAUAAAGGUGAAUGUUUAUGGUGCUGCUUUCACAGGGGUUCAUUUAGGAAUUGAGGACUAUUACUCGACCAUUGCUAGCUGUAAGUUUUAUCUGUCAUUUGAAAACUCAGUUCACAAGGACUACAUCACAGAGAAGGUGAAUGGACCUCUGGUAGCAGGCACUGUACCAGUAGUACUAGGCCCACCCAGACAGAACUAUGAGGAGUUUAUUCCUGCUGAUUCAUUCAUACACGUUAAUGACUUCCCUGAUGUGAAGGGUCUUGCUGACUUCCUUACCCAGUUAGAUAAGAAUGAUGAGAUGUACAUGCGUUACUUCCAAUGGAGGAGGUACCUCAGUGCAAAACCUCACCUCUUAUCUCCACAUGAUGAGUUCAUACAACCCAUUUGUUUAGCCUGUGAUUACAUGCUAAGAGACAAACACUACAAUGUUGUUAAUGAUCUGUACAAGUGGUACUUUAAAUGAUUUAAUAAUUGUUGUUUUACAUGUGACAAAUUUGUUUGGAAUAACAUAAUUUCACAAAAUAAUACUGUUUUGUUGUUCCGCUACUGCAGUUGUUUUGUUGACAUUUUAUGAAAUAUGAAAUAACAUGAACUGUCCUUAAAUGUUGAAUAUAACAUGUAUUCAAAUUUUAACAAAAGGUAUAAAUACAAAGUUUUUUUAUGGAAUUAAAAACCUAACCUACUUAAAUAAAAGCAAAUAAAAAAAGAAGCUGCAUGUGAUAUAAUUAAUGUGAUACAAUUUUCAAACCUGCUGUGAGGACAUCAAAACAGUGGACCAGUGAGGCUAUGGAGGAUCUGCGGGCGUGCUUGGACUGUACUGACUGGGAUAUGUUCAGGACUGCUACCAAUAGUCUGGAUGAACUCACAGAGACUGUGACGUCGUACAUCAGCUUCUGUGAGGACUGCUGUAUUCCAACACGCACCAGGGUGAGCUACAACAACGACAAACCCUGGUUCUCUGCUAAACUUAGAAAGUUGAGGUUGGUGAAGGAGCAAGCAUUUAGGAGUGGGGAUAGAGACAGAUUCAAGGAGUCGAAGAACAGGUUUAGCAAGGCGGUGAGAGAGGCUAAACGGCUGUACUCAGAGACUAAAACACAAAUUCUCUGCUAACGACUCUGCUUAUGUCUGGAGAGGGCUCAGGCAGACCAACUACAAGCCCAGAGCCCCCCACACCGUUAACGACUCUCGCCUGUCCAACAACCUGAACGAGUUCUACUGCAGAUUUGAAAGACAAUUGGACUGUCCUGAACUGCACCUCCCCACCCUAGAGCCCCCACCACCACCACCACCACAGUGAUGACUCUCUCCAUUCAAGAGAGAGAAGUUAACAGACUUUUCAAGAGGCAGAACCCCCGCAAAGCAGCUGGGCCGGACUCUGUCUCUCCAGCUGUCGAAGGAUCCAUAAGAAGCCUUCGUUUGAAUGAACCUUGGAGAAAUGAUUAAAGGAAAUGCUUACAAAUAAUAUAUGCAUUUGCAUAGGGUGUGUUUAGAAAUUGCUUGCAUAUGCAGUUAAGAUGUGUUAGGAAAUGCCUUGAAUAAAUGUUUAGACAGGUGGCCUAUGUCAUACAGAGGUAUGACAGCUAGAAACUGUUUGCAUAGGAUUUACUAGAAACUGCCUGCAUAGGAUGUGGUUAGAAACGGCUUGCAUAGGGGACACCCCAGGAAGCUCCAGGUUUCUUAGAGAACAGGAUCAGAAUAAGAAUCAGAAAGGGUUUUAAUCGCCAUGAAAGUUUGCACAGACAAGGAAUUUACUUUGGCAGGAAGGUGCAUACAUUAAACAUAUACGAAUCUUAAAACUUAAAUAUGUGGUCUAACUAUACAAAAGGAACAAAGUCUAGCUAAUACUAAGGGGAUUUAGAAUAAAAUAUAAAGUAGCCAUAAUUUACAAUCUAAAAAUACAGAUAGUACAAAAAAUACAAAUAGUACAAAAGAUACAAAUAAUGCAAAUUGCAAUGUGGCAAUGGUGUCAUUGUGCAGAUUGUGAUUAAAGUCAUUACAGUAAAGUCAGUGUGAGCCCUUGAGUGGGGGACUCAGUGCUAAUCGAACUGAAACCAUAUGACAGCCCGACUUAGGAAAGAGGGAAAGUAGAGCUUACACAAGCUUACACACAUUUUUUUUACGUGUGCUCUUCUUUCCAAAACUUACGGUAACACACAAAUCCAACAAUUGCACACACAAAAUGCAAAAUGCCUCGCUUCUGUUUUGCUCCUUGAGUGUCAGGUUUCACUAACUGUUUUACGAGUACGACCGGUCCUAGCAUGUUUGAGGAGGUGCUUGUGUUCUGUAAUUCAAACUCCGUACAAGGAACCAAGCGGUCAUCCUUAACCUUUUAAGGAGUGAGGUAUUUUUCCAAAACGGAAGCUAGCUAGUUUUAGUUAGCUUCCGUUACCUAGCAACCUAGCAUAAUACUCGUAGCAAUGCUACUACCUGCUAGUGUUACUUGUUAGCCUCCUAAUUGUACAUUUUGAAGCCAUACUAUAGCGUUUGUCAUAUAGUUUUUGUCUAUCGGAAAAUAGUCGGUUGGAAUGUUCAGAAUCACAUAUGUGUGACGCUACUCCUUAACAGUUUCCAGUGGUAAGUAAGAUGUUUGCUUUUAUCAAUUGAUCAGCACCUGAGGGAGUCAGGUGGCUGAGCGGUGAGGGAAUCGGGCUAGUAAUCCGAAGGUUGCCAGUUCGAUUCCCGGUCAUGCCAACUGACGUUGUGUCCUUGGGCAAGACACUUCACCCUACUUGCCUCGGGGGAAUGUCCCUGUACUUAAUGUAAGUCGCUCUGGAUAAGAGCGUCUGCUAAAUGACUAAAUGUAGCACACAAUAUUUUACUGUUUUUCAUCAUGUAAAU